UCUCUCUUACACACACUCUCUCUCCCUCGUUUUCACAAACUCCCUCACUUUCUCUUACUCACGUACGCUCCCUCCCUUCCUCCUACCCACCCUCUCUCCUCCCUACCUCCCUCUCUCCCUCCCUCCCUCCCCCUCCUACCCACCCUCUAUCCUCCCUACCUCCCUCUCUCCCUCCCUCUCUCCCUCCCUCCCCCUCCUACUCACCCUCUCUCCUCUCUACCUCCCUCCCUCCGUCUCUCUUCUGACAGAUAUAUCGUCAUUGUGCGGGCAGGCGGAAGGAGCUGGGUUGAACUUGAGAACGGCUCACGAGAGGAGACGGAGGACAGGACAUGAUGCUGCUGCAGUAACCGACAUCGUUGUUAAAACAUCGCAGCAACCAGCGUAGCAACCAGAGUGUCAAGAAUGGAGCUGAUGAUAGUUAUCCUCCUGCUAACUCUAGCCCAGUCUGCAGAGAGUGGGGGAAAACCAGCUAAGAAAGUCAAGAAGGGAAAGCAAGUCAUAUGUCCUUCACAGCUGUCUGCAGAGGAGAUUGCUCAGGUACCAGCCAACUCCACCAGCAACAUCCUCAACAGACUGAUGGUGACAUAUGACUCUCGCAUACGACCCAACUUUAAAGGUGUUCCGGUGGAAGACAAGAUUAAUAUGUUCAUCAACAGUUUUGGCUCCAUCCAGGAAACCAACAUGGACUACCGUGUGAACAUCUUCCUGCGUCAGCGGUGGAACGACCCGAGGCUGAAGCUCCCGGCAGACUUCAAAGGAGAAGCGCUGACGGUGGACCCCAAGAUAUUCCAGUGUCUAUGGAAACCAGACCUGUUCUUCGCCAACGAGAAACAUGCCAACUUCCAUGACGUCACGCAAGACAACAUCCUGUUAUUUAUCUUCAGGAAUGGAGACAUUCUCAUCAGCAUGAGGUUGUCAGUGACCCUGUCCUGCCCUCUGGACCUCACUCUGUUCCCCAUGGACACACAGCUCUGCAAGAUGCAACUGGAGAGCUUUGGCUACACCACCAGUGAUCUGGUCUUCAUGUGGAUGACAGACCCAGUCCAGAUGGAUGAAAUCGCUCUUCCUCAGUUUGACAUUAAACAGCAAGAGAUACAGUACGGAAACUGCACCAAAUUCUAUCAAGGAACAGGUUACUACACCUGUGUGGAGGUGAUCUUUACAUUAAGGAGACAGGUGGGCUUCUAUAUGAUGGGAGUCUACGCCCCCACCCUUCUCAUCGUGGUUCUCUCCUGGCUGUCCUUCUGGAUCAACCCUGACGCCAGCGCUGCCAGGGUUCCUCUGGGUAUCCUGUCUGUCCUGUCCCUGUCCAGUGAGUCCAUGUCUCUGGCGUCAGCGCUUCCUAAAGUCUCCUAUGUGAAGGCGAUAGACAUCUGGCUCAUUGCAUGUCUGCUGUUCGGCUUCGCUUCACUGGUGGAGUACGCAGUGGUGCAGGUCAUGUUAAACAGUCCUAGGCGUAUAGAGGAGGAGAAGUCUAAGAUGGCGUCUAAAGAGAAGGCUCUGAGAGAGAAAGAGGGGAAGAAGACUCCUUCUAAAACUAACACUGUCAAUGGGACCGGAGGAACGCCCAUUCAUCAUGUUAGCACUCUGCAGGUGGUGGAGACCCGCUGUAAGAAGGUGUGUACAUCUAAGUCAGACCUCCGCUCUAAUGACUUCAGCAUCGUGGGAUCUCUCCCCAGAGACUUUGAGCUUUCUAACUUUGACUGCUAUGGCAAGCCCAUUGAAGUUACCGGGGCAACCGGCAAAUCACAGGCCAAGAACAACAAGAAAGCCCCGCCCCCUAAACCUGUCAUCCCCGCUGCAGCCAAACGCAUCGACCUGUACGCACGUGCUCUGUUCCCCUUCAGUUUCCUCUUCUUCAACGUCAUAUACUGGUCUGUCUACUUGUAGGGAGGGAAGGUGUGUGUGUGUUAAUAUCUGAGAAUGUCAGUGGGUAUUCCCAUUUUUUAUAUUAACAUAAUUUACUACUUUAUCUUGACCUGUAAUCCUUGACCUCUAACCCCUGACCCCUUGCCCAUGAACCCCAAUCCUACAUUUAAGAGUCUGGUUUCCCCGACUCGGAUAAGGCCCAGUCCUGGACUGCUCUCUCAAUAGAUAAAGUCCAUUGGACAUAAUCCAAGAAAAGGCUUCAUCUGUGUCCAGGGAACCAACAUGUAGAAGUGAUCUUAGAUUAGAACUCAUCCUAUACGGCUUGGCUUUCUCAAUGUAGUAACCGGCCAGAGACAGACAGACAGACAGACAGACAGGCAGACACGCAGACAGGCAGACACACAGACAGACAGGCAAACAGGCAAACAGGCAGACAGGCAGACAGACAGACAG